CAACACACAUUAUAGCGUUGCACUUCCCGGAGGGCAUUUGGCAAGCCAAGAGAAAGAAAAGAGAAUCAAUCACAGCAAUGCACAAGCCUCAAAGAGACAGCUUUGUUAUUCAAAUAAGACCUACUCAUAAUCAUCACCAACUAGAAGCUGCAGACCUUCAUCACCCUGCUGCUGUGUCCUCUUCGAAGUUCAUCAACUUCUCUGGAAUGAAGAUUUUCAAUCGGUUUCGUAAAAUUCUGAUGCGGCUCUUGUUUUCUCUUCCUUCUCAUUCUCAUCAUGCUUCUUCUGGGACGUCAUCUUCUUCUAAGCAGAGGAACUGUGAGAGAUUUGAUCCUCCAAAGACUUCAUGCAGUUCUUAUUAUUCUUCGCAAUCACACUACAGUGAGGCUAUUGCAGAUUGUAUUGAGUUUUUGAAUAAGUCUUCUCAGGAAGGGAUUUUAGAUGGUAGAAAAUCUGAUGUCUUGGUUUGAUGAUUAAUGCUCAAUGGGUUUCUUUUAUUAUUUGUGAUGAUGCUUUGAUUUUAAACUUUGAAUCUUUUGAACCAAAUACAAAGCAUGUGGAUAUUUAUA